AUGGCCGUCCCAGAGGCUGUGGCGCCCCAGGGGCCCUACAAGGAGCGUCCCGCCCAGAAGCCCUAUAGCUUGCUUGAGUGCAAAAAACAACUGCCCUCUGAGGCCCUACAGGGGCAGCGCUUCCUGGAACCCUCCCAUUUGCCCCACCAGGUGCUGCACCCCCAGGGACCCUCCCAGGGGCGGUGGCGCCACCAGGGAACUUCCCAGGAUCGGCGGCGACACAGGGGCUCUCUGAGAGGCGUCGGCGAUCCCACAGGCUUUUCCAGGGGCGUGGUUGCCCCGAGAAGCCUAAAGUGUGGAGGCGGUGCCCAGAGGGGCUCCCCCAGGGGCAGCGAAACUCCCAUGGGCCCUCCCAAUGGCGGCGGCGCCACCACCGGCUCCUCCAGGGGCGGUGGCACCCCCAAGGGUGGCAGUGACCCAAGCGGCCCUAGCAGAGGGGGCGACAACCCCAGGGGCCUUCUCAGGAGCAACGGCGACCCCAGGGGCCAGGCCGGAAUCGAUAGAGAACCCAGGGGCUCUCCCAGGGGGGGGCGGUAA